AUGGUGAUGUGGUCGUCAGCGCCCAAUGAUCAUAGUCCUGCCGACGCGGUCAACGUUCCUCUAUGCAACGGCCAGACUCAUCGCACGCGGUCAGAUGCUCCGGGAUUCCACAACAACCCUCUGAACGUACAAGACAUCACUCCCGAUUGCGCACGUUCGAACACACUCACCACCUUUGAUGGGCUGACCUGCGAAGACCGCCGGAUUGAGCUUUGCCGUACAUUUCAUGAAAGAAGAUUCGAUGCUAUGAUCUAUAGCCAACCUGAUGCCCUUCCACCACCCCACGGCAUCUUGAUUAACGCCAGCCCAAGCUCCGUAAGCGCCGCCAGAGCGUCGAAGAAAACCUGCAGGCCAUUUUAUCUAAGGCUCGACCCGCGGAUCCACUGGCCCCACGAUCACUCCGAUGAAUGGUUCGAGCAGAAAAUGGAAGAGAUCAAAGCUCGCGGCGGAAGGAAAGCCAACUUCGGCAAAGCAACCCGUCGAAUGAAGGUGCGAAGAAUUGCUGCUGAGCAGCGUGAGGCGGAGGAAGCGGCGGAGAGGGUGCCAGCAGAAGGACAGAAUCGGGCCCAGCUGGCGCGCAGCAAGCCACCAGAACCAUGGUCGCACCACAGACCGAUGGACUUUGGCGACGUCCCACCACAUGAGCUGCCCAGCUAUGUGCAGAAGAACGCGAGCUGGAUGAGGGCUACUGAUUGGAUGCGAAAAUCGCGUGACAUCUGUAUGCAAGCCGCAAAGCUCGAGGCUGAACAUAAACCUUGGAAACAUUUGUUCAAUAGGAACAGGAGGAAAUGCUAUUGA